UCUCUUAGGUCCUUAUCUUGGGUGUUUCCUUUGGUCUCCUAGCAACCGCCCCCAAGAUUCUCCCCCGCCCUUCUCUAAUUUCCCCCCUGCAUCAUGUGAACUUCAAGGAUAUGACGUCAUCACUGGGUUCCCUCUUAUCCUUCUGUAAGCAUUACCUACAUUUGCAAGCCUGCAGGGUUGGGAAUAACUGUCUGGGUGUUUUGCAACUGCUCUGGAUUACGCCUUAGGAAACGAAAAGCAAAAGUGCGAGAAUUUCGCGAAGUCCGUUUUCCAGGAUACGAGGGCGGUUUCGAGAUGGAAGAGGAGCAUUUAGGAGGGACGGAGGAAAGGGAGGGAUCCAGAGACAAAGGUGUUGGGGUUGGAAGUCAUCUUGAGAUGGAAGAUCUCAAGGAGGAAGCAGCAGAAGGAUGGCUAGAGAAGCAGGACCCAGAAACCGCUCUGAGCCUGGAGCAGAGUGCAUUAAUGCUGGAGAGCAUAGAGAGAGAAGGAAGACCAAGUGGUGUCAUUAGUGCAAGUGGGAAAGAGCAGGCAGAGCUUGAUGUCCCCGAUAGCUAUUCAGGAGCUGACGAUUGCCAAAACCAAGUCAAGGCAGAAGACCAGAGGUGGAGAAGCCAGGUGAGAAGACGCCGGACAAAAGAGGUUUCCCAGGAUCCUCCAGGUUUCAUCAACCUCCUGGGGAUCCUGGAACCGCCACCUCCUCUUCCGCCCUCUGCACCCCAGAAGGUGGUGAACAAGCCCUUCCAUUGCACAGAGUGCGGAAAAUGUUUCUCGCAGAGCUCCGUGCUCAUCGAGCACCAGAGAAUCCACACAGGGGAGAGGCCCUUUGUGUGCAACGUGUGCGGAAAACGAUUCUCCCAAAGCUCCACCCUGAUGGGCCACCAGAGGAUCCACACGGGCGAGAAGCCCUUCGCCUGCCCUGAAUGCGGACGGGGCUUCAGCCGCAGCUCCGCUCUGACCGAGCACCAGCGCACCCACACGGGGGAGACCCCUUUCCCCUGCCGGGAGUGCGGAAAGGCCUUCAGCCGCACCUCCAACCUGGUGAAGCACUUGCGCACCCACUCGGGCGAGAAACCGUACAGCUGUGCCCUCUGCGGGAAGCGCUUCUCGCUCAGCUCCAACCUGCUGAAGCACGAGCGCACCCACUCGGGGGAGAAGCCCUUCCCCUGCCCCCUGUGCGGGAAGCGCUUCAAGAAGAAGACCCACCUCGUCUCGCACAACCGUGUCCACACCGGAGAACGGCCCUACCGGUGCGAGGAGUGCGGGAAGUGCUUCUCCCAAAGCUCGUCUCUGAUCGAGCACCAGAGGAUCCACACCGGGGAAAAACCCUACAAGUGUCCCCAGUGUGGCCGAGGCUUCUAUGUCAACUCCAAACUGGUCAAACACCAGAGAAUCCACACGGGGGAGAAGCCCUACGCCUGCUCAGCCUGUGGGAAAACGUUCCGAUACAAGCAGCAGUUUCCCCGUCACCUGGCCCACGUCCAUCCAGGGGAAGAGCAGCUCAUGACGUGGAGUUUUAGCUUCCCAUCUGCUCUGAGGAAAAGCAAAAGGAUUUUCUAAGGAUCUUGUUUUUUUGUUUAUGCUCUGUAGCCAGAGAAAGCAUAGUAAGAUUUAUUUUCUGGAUCAUGGGGGUGGGGGAGGGGGAGGGGCAAUGGUUGCUCUUUUUUUUGUAAUCUGAAGUAAAGGUAAAAUUGUACUUUGAAGGUUUUUCAUUGAGCUAAUAGCAGUAUUAUCUAGAAAACAUCAAUUAAUCCUAUAAAGACGUUUCAUUAAUGUUGACAUUAUUCGGAUGGUAUGUUUAUGAUAACUACAAGAAAACUACGAACUGAUUUAAAACUCCAUACCGAUGCUUCUAGCAGUUCUUAUUCAAAGGAAUUCCUUUCACAGUCAAGUUCGUAAAAUUCUGUCUGAGAACUGAGACAUUUAGACUACUGACUGGAUGUUAGAAUAAUUGUAAAAACUUCUAAAUGCCUUUUAUCAUUAUGGAACAGACCCAUCUUUUUAGAGGUGUAAGUGUUCAGAACUGUAUAGGAUUGCUCACUUUUUCUGCUGAUGACUUGUGGCAGAUCCAUUCCAAGCUCUGUGUACCUUCUACUACAAAAAACCAUGGGCAGAUGGAACCAUCAUUAGUGGUGAGCCUAUGACAUCUCAUGGAUUCAUCUCAAGAAGUGAGCAAUAGACGAAGCAGUGACCUCCAAAAGUCACGUAUGAGCUUCUCAUUAAUUAAGUCAGUCAUCAGAUCGUUGACAAAUCUGGUUUUUUUUUUUAAGUCAAUGUUCUUAAGAUAGCUUUAGAACUUCAUUUGUAAGAGCCGGGAUGAAAACAAAAUGAAAUUGAAUGCUAUUCUACAGUUAAAUAAUUAAAAAACCUACUUGACACACGUAUCUGUUAGUCAUCUCCACAGAAACCAGUGUUUCAAUCACUGAGAGUGAACUUCCCUUUAUCAGGUAACAUGUUUGAAAAUAGGGUGCGAUCUGGGCCUAGUAUUAUAUGACAACAUUGGAAUAGACCAGUUUUCAACUUGAUUGCUUUAUUAUCAGUUGCGUGUUUGGGCAGGGGAAUCAUACAAUGGUGAAGUCACACUCCCUUUUGAAACAAAACUAGCUGGAGGGAUAUUUACAAGCCAAUGUGAACUGUGAGUUUCAUGGAUUCUCGCUUUAGUGAGGGCAGAAAGGUGGUAGGUAGUCCUCAAUUUAUGACGGGUGGCUUAACUGAUGGACAAAGGGCCUGCCCAGGGCUGCUUAUAACCCAGAUCUGAAGUUCUGAUAGCCAGGCCCUUCAUUGCAGUCACAUAAUCGCAUUUGAGUUGCUGGGCAACUGGUCCACAUCUAUUUGCACUGACUGUGGUCACAUUGGUGGUGGUGGGGGGGUGUUUGCUAUAAACUGGCUUUACUUCCAGGUUUCAGCAAAAAAUACUCCCAUUGUGGGCAAUGGGUUCACUUCACAACAAGUUACUUACUUUACAACCACCAUAUCUGCUUCAUGACUACCAUAUCUGCUUAACAACCACCACACAAGAGAUCAUAAAAACAGUCUUGUGGGUGACCUGUUUAAUGACUGGCAGGAGUUAUAAGUCGAGAACUAUCUAUAAUAGUAGAACAAAAAUCUUGAAGUUCCUAGUGAUAUGAUAAUACAGGUAAUCAUCAACUUAUAACCUUAGUGACCGGACAAAGUUACAACAGCACUGAAAAAAGUGACUUAUGACCGUCUUUCACAAUUAUGACCUUUGUAGCA